AUGGAACCGAUUUUUUCUGCAAGAGCUCUUAUUGAUUCCGGGUCUGAGUGUUCCUUUAUAACGGAAAGACUCAAACGCCGAAUCAACCUGCCAUCCAAAAGGUUGCAUGCCCAAGUUUCCGGCAUCACAAAUUCCAUAUCGGCGCAGGUCAAAGAAGCAUGCAAUAUAGAAAUACGGUCACCGAUUGACCCAUUAUUCCGGUCGAAUACCACUGUGCUUGUCUUAGCACAACUAACUGGAAAUCUUCCAACUACCCAUAUUAGCGCUGAAACUAAACAAGCAUUCCCAGAUUUGGUUUUGGCCGAUAAAAGGUUCUUUGUUAAUGAGCAAGUGGACCUUGUGCUUGGAGAUGAUAUUUAUCCAGAAAUCAUUUUGAGCGGCUUGAAGAAAAAUGUACUUAAUACUCUUCUAGCCCAAGAAACCGUGUUCGGUUGGAUAUUAACCGGCCGCCCAGAUGCAACAAGUGCAACCAACCAUAUUGCUUCAUACUUUAGCGAAGUCGCCUUGGAUAAGCAGCUUACUGCGUUCUGGGAAGUAGAGGAUCUGCAGAAGAGCAAAAGCCUAAGUGAGGAAGACAAGUACUGUGAGGAGUUGUACAAGAAUACAACUCAACGUACCCAAGACGGGAAAUAUGUAGUUUCGCUACCAUUCAGGCAGGAUUUUCCAGAGAAUGUCUGCCUAGGACCCUCCCUAAAAAGAGCGUGCUCACAAUUUUUCCGAAACGAGACGCGAUUGGCCAAGGAUCCUGGACUACAAAAGGAAUAUAACAGGGUAUUAUCGGAAUACGAAUCGUUAGGGCAUAUGUCAAAGCUAAUAAAUAAUAUACCAGCAGAGUCCUCCGACAACUAUUUCCUGCCUCGUCACGCGGUCAUCAAGGCAGAAAGCACGUCAACAAAACUUCGCGUGGUUUUUAAUGCCUCAAGUCCGACGGCAAAUGGUGUAAGCCUCAAUGAUGUACUGCUCCCAGGACCAGUACUCCAGGCGGAUCUUCCCAUAUUAAUCCUACGUUGGAGAUUAUAUAAAUAUGUCUUCAACAGCGACAUCGAGAAGAUGUACCGGCAAAUUAUGGUGCAUGACAAUCACACUAAGUUCCAGCGCAUAGUUUUUCGUACCAAUACGAACGAACCGAUCAGUCUUUACGAGCUGAAGACGGUCACUUUCGGGGUUAACUGUGCUCCUUACUUGGCAAUAAGGACACUUUUACAACUAGCUGAUGAUGUGGAAAACUCCUCUCCGAUAGCAUCCAAUAUUUUACGAAGAUGCAUGUACGUCGACGACGUUCUAGCGGGAGGACACAGCAUUGACUCUGCGAUAAAUGCCAGAGAUGAAAUAACCCAAGUGUUAGAGUCAGCCGGUUUUCCAUUAAGAAAAUGGACUGCCAAUUGCGAAGAUUUACUGAAAGACAUUCCAAAAACGAAUCUGCUAACCGAAGAUUUUCUUGAAUUCGAAGAAACUAGCGCAGUGAAGGCUCUCGGCAUAAGAUGGAACGCCCAUACGGAUUUAUUCUAUUUUAUGGCGAGACCAUUAGAAGAAAGCGAUAAUCCAACGAAAAGGGCGAUAUUAUCAGCUAUCGCCAAACUUUUCGACCCCCUGGGGUGGCUCGCGCCCAUCAUAAUCGUAGCCAAAAUACUAAUGCAGGGUAUUUGGCUGGAAGGCACGGACUGGGAUGAAACCGUAACUCCAACUACCCUGGAUCGCUGGAAAAAUUUUACACAACAUUACCAUGAGAUCGAUAACAUACGAAUACCUCGAUGGGUACAUUUCUCACCAACAGAUGACGUCGAAGUACAUGGCUUCUGUGACGCAUCGGAAAAAGCGUAUGCGGCUGCUGUAUAUCUGCGCGUUACACAAAAUGCAAAAGUUUUCGUAAGUCUACUUUUGGCAAAAACAAAAGUAGCCCCAGUAAAGACUAUCUCAUUACCUCGAUUGGAACUUUGCGGCGCCGUACUGCUUGCAGAAAUCAUCGAGACGGUACUGAGAAAUCUUGGGACAUUUAAAAGCACACCUGUGGACGGACUCAACAAUCGUUCUCGCGUGGAUACGAAAGCCGCCUUGUUCGUGGUCGACCUUUGUCGCCCACAGGAUAACAAAAAUAGUAGAAAAAGUUGGUAA